AUGGAUGACGAGUCGGACGCUAUCCUGGAUACGAUAGCCAUGCGCGUAGGCGCGGUAGGAAGAAGUAAGCAACUGGAAUUACCGACCCUACCCUCCGACGAAGAAUUCCUGCGGGCGUACGAGGCGAUGCCACCCGAAGGGGUGCCAGGCGUACGCCGGGAAGGCAAAUGGUACAUCGAGACGCGCACGGGGAAAGUCUACGUCCCGGGACCAUUAAGAGCAAGGGUCUUGGUGAAUUUCCACUACGGGCCAAGCGGCCACCUAGGAGUAACAAGGACUAGGAAACGGCUACUCACGCUAUUCAGCUGGCCAGGACUGGGUAAGGACGUCGCAGGCAUGAUCAGGGAGUGCCUGAUCUGUACCAGACUGAAAAGACCGCCAGUGCCGGCUCACGAAGUGCCCACUGGCGAGUGA